CAAUCGCCUUGAAAUUGUCUUAUCCAUCUGCAUCGACACAGGAAAAAUGGCAGCAUCCGGAAAAUUCACUGUACUGAUCCGCCAACUAAGCACCAGCUCCGCCGCCGCUCAGCUGGUCAAACCACCGGUGCAAGUGUUUGGCCUGGAGGGUCGCUAUGCCUGUGCCCUAUACUCGGCUGCCUCGAAGACGAAGGCGCUCGAUGCCGUCGAGAAGGACCUGAAGGGACUGCAGAACCAGAUGCGCACGGAUCCGAAGGUGCGCGAUCUGCUGCGUGAUCCGACCACGAAACGCAACGUGAAGGCCGCCGCCCUGAAGGAUGUUGCCGCGAAGGUAAAGUUCAACGCUGCCACCGGUAAUCUGUUGACUGUACUGGCAGAAAACGGACGCCUCGGUCGUCUGGACGGCAUCAUCAAUGCAUUCAGGUUGAUCAUGGCCGCUGAGCGGGGUGAGGUGGUGUGUGAAGUGAAGACGGCCAAACCAUUGGACGAUGGUCAGCGCAAGCAGCUGGAAAAUGCUCUUAAGGCAUUCCUGAAGCCGAGCCAAACAAUCCAGCUGACGGCUCAUGUUGAUCCAGCGCUGAUUGGCGGUAUGGUUGUUUCGAUUGGUGAUAAGUAUGUCGAUAUGAGCGUUGCCAGCAAAAUCAAGAAGUACACCGACAUCAUUACGUCGCCCGUUUAAAAGCGAAACCUGCAAUGAAGCAUGCUGUCCAGCAGUGUGGAUUACGGGAGACACUGGGCGGUAACGUCCUAGCGUGCGGCUAGUGUUUUGCAAUGUUUGCUAAUCUACGGCCAUCGUUGCAAGUAUACUGGUCAUAUAGAAAUAUAACUUCAGUACAGCCGAAAAAAUAAAAAUAAUAGCUCCUUAAAGGA